GACUGAAAUGGCCUCGUGUUUGUCACGAUUCCAGACCCUGUUCCAAGUGCGGUCGCGUUGUGCCGUGAUCGGCGUCAUUCACGUGAAAGCUCUUCCCGGAACGCCGUUCAACGAGAAAUCCAUCGAUGAAAUCGUGGACCACGCCGUGCACGAGGCCUCGAUAUACAGAGACUGCGGAAUCGAUGGACUCAUCGUAGAAAACAUGAACGAUGUUCCGUAUACUCUGCGCGAAAGUCCCGAGAUAACGGCCUCAAUGACUCGAAUAUGUUCGAGGGUUCGCGACACCGUCGGUCGGCGGAUGCCUUGUGGAGUGCAAAUCCUCGCAGCGCAGAAUAAGUCGGCUCUCGCUGUAGCGGCGGCGUCAAAUUUCAAUUUCGUCCGCGCGGAGGGCUUCGUGUUUGGCCACGUCGCUGAUGAAGGUCUCAUCCAGUCGUGUGCCGGAGAACUUCUCCGGUAUCGGAAAUCUCUCGGAGACUUCGCUCAGCGAAUCGCCGUAUUCUGUGACAUCAAAAAGAAACAUUCCUCGCACGCGAUAACCGCCGAUGUCUCCGUAGGCGAAACCGCUCGCGCAGCUGAUUUUUUCGCCAGCGACGGCAUCAUUGUCACGGGUUCCGCAACAGGUUCCGAGCCGAGUCCCGCGGAUAUCGAACAGGUGUCGGGAGCGGUGCCGCAUCAACCUCUUCUUCUCGGAUCCGGUGUAACGAUCGAGAAUUUCGCAAGGCUGAGCGAAAACUGUCAUGGAGUGAUCGUCGGUUCACAUUUCAAGGAAGGCGGUUACUGGAAGAACGAUCUGGAUCCAUCCAAGGUCCGAGCCUUCAUGGACAAAAUAAAGGAAGCUUGAUAUCGAAAACAACAACUUUCCAAAUAUACAUAG